AUGACUGUUCGUGAUCCGACACCUGUGCCUGAACAUCCAUCGUUAGAGGAAGUGUAUGAGGCAACGCCGUUUUCCGAAGCAUUCUGGACUUAUGUAAACUAUAUUAUUUUGAAUAUUUUCGGAUGGUUUCGUGAUUUUCUUCGACGAACACGAAUCGAAAAUCGCAAAGGUUCAGCAGAAUAUAAUCCAUCGGGUUUUGUACCGUUAUAUCAAAGUUAUGAAAGUUUCUAUACUCGAAAUGUUUACCAAAGGAUUGCCGAUUGCUUCAAUCGACCCAUUGGUGGCGUGCCGGGUGGAAAACUUGAUCUGAUGGAACGGGUUACCGAGGACUACAACUGGUCGUUUAAUUUUACGGGAAAUAAAAUCACAACAAUCAAUCUUGGUUCAUAUAAUUAUCUUGGUUUUGCGAAUAAUAAUGGCCCAAUAGCAGAUAAUGUCAUCGAGUCAAUCAAAGAGAAUGGUCUUGCUACAGCAAGUUCAACUCAGGAAUUCGGAAAUUUGAAACAACAUCGAAAACUCGAAUCGUUGGUCGCUCAAUUUCUCGGUACUGAAGAUGCGAUUGCCUUUGGUAUGGGAUUUGCAACAAACGCUCUGAACAUUUCAUCGCUUUGUGGAAAGGGUUGUUUGAUUUUAAGUGAUGAACUUAAUCAUACAUCACUUGUUCUUGGUGCUCGUUUAUCUGGUGCUGUGAUUAAGGUUUAUAAACAUAAUGAUAUGAAACAUUUGGAACGAUUAUUACGAGAUUCUAUCGUCUCUGGUCAACCGCGAACUCAUCGACCAUGGCAAAAAAUCCUCAUUAUUGUCGAAGGUGUCUACAGUAUGGAAGGUUCCUUAUGUAAAUUACCGGAAUUAAUCGAAUUGAAAAAGAAAUACAGAGCAUACCUCUAUUUGGAUGAGGCACAUUCCAUUGGUGCAAUGGGUUCGCGUGGUCGCGGCGUCGUUGAUUACUGGAAAUGUGACGUAAACGACGUAGAUGUUCUCAUGGGCACAUUCACAAAAAGUUUCGCAGCGGCUGGAGGUUACAUCGCUGGAAAGAAAGAACUCAUCGAUCAUAUUCGUAUAAAUUCGCAUGCCUGUGCAUAUGCUAUAUCGAUGAGCCCACCGGUUGUCGAACAAAUUAUUUCAGUAUUGAAUUUAUUGAUUGAUGAUGAUGAAACACGUGAAGGUCGAAAACGAAUCAACCAAUUGGCUUGGAAUACGCGAUACUUUCGACAACGUCUCUCCAAGAUGGGUUUCAUUGUUUACGGACAUCCACAUUCACCUGUUGUACCAGCUCUCUUAUACAGUCCAUCAAAGAUUGCAGCGUUCAAUCGUGAGAUGUUGAAACGGGGCGUGUCUGUUGUCACUGUCGGUUUUCCAGCUACGCCAUUAGUUCUUGGCCGUGUUCGUUUCUGCCUAUCGGCAUCGCAUACCAAGGAAAUGCUCGAUGAUGUACUCAAGUAUGCCGAAGAAGUGGGUGAUUUAUUGAACAUGCGUCAAUCAAAAUUGAAUCCAAAAAAGCCAUUUCAUGAAACCGAGUUAAUAGCUCACUGA